AUGAUACCAAAUAAUCAAUUCAACGGUUUAUCGAUAUUUAUUUUAGUUAUCUCAUCAUUAUCGUUAAAUGUAGUAGGUCAAAAUUUCUGGAAAAUCCACUCUGUAGACGACAUCGAACAAAAACCGAAGGAGGACAAAAUAAUAUGGUGUACCAUAACAGCCGAAGAACAACAAAAAUGCCGAAACUUUUCCUACGCGAACGAAAGGGAUCAAAUACGAGUAGCCUACAACACCAUCAAAAUAGAAUGCUUGCAAGCAGCUAACAAGAAAGAAUGUAUGCAAUUGCUAGACGAGGAAAAGGCCACGAUGACCACCUUGGACGCGGGGCAGAUUUUCGCCGGAGGAAGAUACCACAGUUUAGUUCCUAUCGCUCAGGAAGUCCUCGAAGGAGGUUUCAACUACUAUUACGCUGUGGCAGUUGUUAAAAGGGGCACUUUAUCGUACGUGAACUCGUUGCAGCAAUUGAGAGGCACUAAGGCUUGCUUUGCGGGCGUUGAAACUUUCGCAGGCUGGAUUUUACCUAUCAAUACUUUGAUGAACGAAGGCGGCAUGGAAAUAGUCGAUUGCAACAACCACGUAAAAUCGGCCAUACAAUUCUUCGGCCCUUCGUGUGCCGUGAAUUGCCUGACCGAUCAGUUUAAUCCGAUCGGUGACAAUUCGGAUAAGCUCUGCCAGAUUUGCAUUGGUAAAAUUCCCGGCGGCAGGUGCACUGACAGCGAUCCGUAUGCCGGUUACGAAGGAGCUUUCAGAUGCCUGCUCGAAGCCGGAGAAGUCGCUUUUAUGAAACAUAAUACUAUACCGGAACUCUUGAAUGGUCUAGAAUUCGGUUCUUUAUCUCAAGAUAACUUCGAGUUGUUUUGUAAAGACGGAUCCAGACGGCCAUUAAGCGAAUACCUUUCAUGCAAUUGGGGAAAAGUACCUUCCGAUGCCAUCGUAGUCUCAUCAGCCGUCUCAUUCGAAGAUCGAGUUAAACUUCAGAAAUUUUUGCAAAAAUUCGUAGAACGAUACCCCAAGAGUUUCAGAAACACCACUAACUUAUACGACAACAACAACAACAACAACAAUCCUAAUCCAUACGAUCAAAAUCCACAAUCGAAUUACGAUUAUAACAACAACAACAACAGAUUUAAGAGACAGAACGAUUACGACCAGUACUCGAGAAACGAUCAAAACGACCCUUACAACCCGUACAACAGAAACAACGAUCCGUAUUCGAGCAACAGGGACAACAACAACAACGACCCUUACAAUUACAACGAUAAUCCUAAUUCCCUGAACAACCCGGGCCAGAAUCCCAACGAUCCUUUCAACCGCGAUCCCUACCACAUCAAUCCCAAUCAAUACGGCGUGAAUAUCGAUCCGUACGGUAACCCGAACGACAACAAGAACAACAAUCGGUACCCUUUCAACGGAAACAACCAGCACCCUACCAAUCAGUAUCCUUUCCAGGAUUUCAACAGGACGAACGUCUCUUACGAAGUGUUUGAUUUGUUCGAAUCCAGCCCGAGGUACGGGAUACAUUUGAAUCUGAUGUUCCAGGAUGCCGCUCGUUCUAUCCUUCCGGUACCGGAGAACCAGCAGACUUAUUCGAGCUUUCUGGGCGAUUCGUUGGAAAUCAUCCUGGGCGUCAGGCAAUGUCCCGUCGGUCGGAUGACACUUUGCGUAACGUCCGACGCGGAAAAGGCCAAAUGCGUUAAAAUGAGCAUCGCCUUGAAAGCCCAACUGAUGAAACCGGACAUGGAAUGCUACAAAGGCCAUUCGCAAAUCCAUUGUAUGCAAGCCAUAAGGGCCGGUACCGCCGACGUGACGUUAUUGGACGCCAGCGACGUCUACACGGCCGGUUUGAACUUCGAUUUGGUACCGUUCAUCAGCGAAGUGUACAAUUUAGACGAACCGGAGUACUACGUAGUCGCAGUCGCCAAAGAAUCCGAUCCGAGCACCGAACUCACCUACUUGAAAAACAAGAACACCUGUCACGGCGGCAUCAGCACCGCCGCCGGUUGGGUCUAUCCGCUGGCGUUUCUGAUCAGCAACGGCUGGAUCCGUCCGUACGGCUGCAACAGCAUCCGGGCGGCUGCCGAGUACUUCUCGAAGAGCUGCGUGCCGGGCGCCAUCAGCACCGAAUACAACACGGGCGUGCCCUACGACAACAUGUGCGAUCUGUGCCACGGGCCGAGCUUCCGCUACUGCAGACGGGACGCGUCCGAGGAUUAUUACGGACACACGGGGGCCUUUAGGUGUUUGGUGGAAGGCGGCGGUGACGUCGCUUUCGUCAAACAUACGACGGUGACGGAGAAUACGGGCGGGAAGAAGCGCGAAUGGUGGACCAGGGAUAAUUUGAACGAUGACUACGAGUUGCUUUGUCCUGAUGGUACCAGAGCGGAGAUAAACGAAUACGUGAAGUGUAAUUUAGGUAAAGUCAAAGCGAACGCGAUCGUUACACGAGGAGGUUACGGAUACAACGAAACACACAUAAAUGCUUAUAUUAAUCUAUUCUUGUACGCUCAGACGUUCUACGGGCGGAAAUUCGCCGAUGAAUUUAGUUUCAGCAUGUUCUCGUCGCCCCCGCCGUACUCUGAUUUGAUAUUCCAAGACGCGACGACGCAAUUGAAGAUAAUACCGCCGUCGCGACGGCAUUAUUCCGAUUAUUUGGGUAAAGAUUUCAUGAGAGCGAGGCGCAUCGUCGAUUGCCAUGCCGGUACAUCAAACUUAAAACCCGUUUUGACGGCGAUUGUCGCUGUGGUUUCGUCGCUUUUGCUGUUUUUAUAG